UAUUGGACAAUAACAGCCAUCGCUUUUGGGGGACCACAUCUAGAUUAUGUGGCUAACGCUGAAGAAAACACUUCCAGUCGGCUGCGAAACCUCAUGUAAUAUCGGCACACCGCGCGAGCGACUCCCUGCGACCAGGAAAGGUGAUUUCGAAGCCUGUGCGCGCGAUGACAGUUUAGACGACAAAAACCGCUGGUGUGACGUGUGAACAGACACCAUGGCCACACAGGAGCCAUCCCCUCCCUCGUCCAUGGAGAGCAAUAAACCCGGCUUCCCCAAAAAGAUCCUGGGCAACAAGCUGGAGGACAAACACCUGUGCAACUGCUGCCACAACAUACUCAGACGACCCUUUCAAGCCCAGUGUGGACAUCGCUUCUGUUCCUACUGCUUCAACAGGACUGUGAGUAAUGGACCCCAGAAAUGCAGCGCCUGCAUCAAAGAGGAUAUUUUUGAAGAUCCUACAUCAAUUUUGAAACAAGGAUGUGCUUUUCCUGACAACGCGGUUCGGAGGGAAGUCGAAAGCCUUUCAGCUGUUUGUAUCAAUGAAAACUGCACAUGGAAAGGCAGCAUCAAAGACUAUGAGCUGAACCACGAGGGGAAGUGUGAGUUCAUGAUCAUCCCCUGCCCCUCCUGUAAAGAACGAAUUCGCUUCAAUGAGCAGGAGCGCCAUAUAGAGCGGGAGUGCCCGGAGAGAACGCUCAACUGCAAGUACUGCAAGGAGCCAUUCCACUUCAAGAACAUCAAGGCUCAUGAUGAGAUCUGCCCCAAGUACCCGAUGAUCUGUGAAGGCUGUGCCAAGAAGAAGAUACCCAGAGAAAAGUAUGUGGACCAUAUCAAGUUCUGCAGCAAAUUCAGAACUCCGUGUCGAUUUCAUGUCGUGGGAUGCGACAUGUCUGUGGAAAAAGAAAAGAUUCAUGACCAUGAGCGCGCCUAUGCCUACGAGCACCUCAACCUGCUGCUGCAUUACAUCAUGGGCAUGAAAGUGAGCAUGGAGGGCCUGCAGCCCAAGGGACUGGAAGUCGCCGGACACAAACUGGUGGAACUCCAACAGUCCCUCAGGGAGCUCGAGGCCAGAGUCUCCCAGCUUAGCACCACCUCCUCUGGGCCUCCCGUGCAGGGAGCCGCCGCCGCCGCCUCCUCCUCAUCCUCCAGCUCCUGUCCACCCGCUUCAGCUCCUCUCCCUCCGCCUCCCACUCUGGCUCCCACUCUGUCCGUGUCUACCUCCUUCACACCUCUGCCUAGCUCGGUGGGCGCGGCGCUGGAGCUCCAGCUCCACAGCGAGAAGACCAAAGUGGUGGAGCUGGGUCGCAGGUGCACGGAGCUCGAGGUCAAAUCGGGCACGUUUGAAAAUGUGGUGUGUGUCCUGAACAGAGAGGUGGAGAGGUUCGCCACCACCAUGGAGGCCAGCAACCGUCAGCACAAACUGGACCAGGACAAGAUCGAGGCUCUGAGUAACAAGGUGCGACAGCUGGAGAGGACGGUUGGGCUGAAGGACCUGACGGUGGCUGAGAUGGAGGGCCGGCUGAGGGAAAUGUCUGCCACCACCUUCGACGGCGUCUUUGUCUGGAGGAUCUCAGAUUUUGCCAAAAAGAGACAGGAUGCCAUCGCAGGUCGAGCCCCUGCCAUGUUUUCACCAGCCUUCUAUACCAGUAAGUACGGCUAUAAGAUGUGUCUGCGGAUCUAUCUGAAUGGAGAUGGGACGGGGCGUGGCAGCCACUUGUCCCUGUUCUUUGUGGUGAUGAGGGGACUGAAUGACGCUCUGCUCAAAUGGCCUUUCAACCAGAAGGUGACUCUGAUGCUGCUGGACCAGAGCAACAGGGAGCACAUCAUCGACGCCUUCCGACCUGACGUCACUUCCUCUUCCUUCCAGCGGCCCGUGAGCGAGAUGAAUAUCGCCAGCGGCUGUCCGCUCUUCUGCCCACUCUCCAAGCUCGACGCCAAGAACUCGUACAUCCGUGACGACACCAUCUUCAUCAAGGCCAUCGUGGACCUCACCGGCCUCUAGACGGACUCCGCAGAAGUGGUACGGUUUGGCAAAAACCAGGCAGCUCUUUGACCAUUACGGCUUCAUUUGGGCUCGAUCGUGGUCCCUUUAGGGCUCUUGUUCAGGCAUCUUAAUGUCCCCCUGCAGCUUUAGGGAGACAAACAUGCUUGCAACUGUAUGCUGCAUGCGGCUGCAGUUUGCUCUGUCGAGGCGGCGCUGGCAUCGUCAUAUCGUGGUGGAGAGAACCACCGUCAUUGCUGUACAUUUCAGGUGCAAAAUUUUUUUCUUUUGACGUCACAACACGCCGCUCCCAUGGUGGAUGAUAUUAGUUGUGCACACGAAGUUUUCAGUCAAAGGAGAAGCGAGCACCGGUGCAGCGCGGUCAGUGCGGUGAUGGGGUUAGAAGCAGAGAUGUCAAGAGUGAACAGUUAUGAUGGAGUGAAAAAGAGUGGGUAGCUUUUAUUUUGAAAUCUCCUGCUAUUUGAAGGGGUGUUACAGGGUUGUAGACUACAGGUAGUUCAUGUGAUCAAUAGAGUUAGAGCAUGGCUUUUGCUUUUUCUUGCAGAUUGUGGAUAUUGUGAGCUUCUCAAUUCCAGUGUCGAGUGAAUUUGCAUAGACAAACGUGGAGUUAUGUUAUGAAUAAGAUUACAGGCGUUUUUUUUGCCUUUUUUUGUUGGGUGCAAAGUGCAUGCCGCUGGCUUUUUUUUUUUUUUUUAACGGCUCCUUAUUUUGACUGAAGGUUCCUCUGUUUGUUGUUGUUAGUGACUUAGCCAUCCGUGAUGGUGGACAUUGCCUGCAUGUCUUUGGAUAACCAGGCUAUUCUACAUGUAAAGUUGGUGUUGCGUGUUUGUUCCUAUUAGGGGCUGGGUGGUUCUGAUUGGUGGUUUGGUACAUCUGUGGAAGAUACAGUGGAGUUACCAAGGAGUCAGGGCAGCGUGCCGGUUCAAGCCUGAGGCAUAAAGCUCGAAACAAACAUAACAUAGCUGGAGUUUUUUCCCCCUCCAGGGUACGCUCACUAAGCUCACAUCUCAACACAUAGUACUGUGCCCCCACCACAGAUCGAGGUUAACACAGAUUCCACGAAAUGAAGGAAUUGUCCGUUCCUUGUUUUCUGUCCAUAAUACAAGUGCAUAUGUGUUUCUGCUGCUCUUAAGAUAGAAUACUGAUGUGAAUCUAAUAUAUAUGUUGGUGCAAAUAUACAUGAGGUAAAUGUGUGUGGAGGCUGAAAUAAGAUGGGAUUGUAAUACUUUGUUGUAGAGCCAUUAUUGACAUUAUUUAUUCCAGAUCGAUGUUCAGUAACCCUUUGAAUCCUGGAGCAACAUCAUGUUACUUGUGCUGCUUUCA